UGUGAAUUUUGGUGAGUUGGUUGAGUCUUGCCAAAGAAUAUUGAUGGUCUUGCUUGUCGCUCAGAGACUGAAGUAGUGAAGAUACAGGCUUAGCCUAGCUGACGUUCUACUUAAAUGUCUGACAUUUUCACUUCAAGCUGAUUUCAACGUUCAUGUGAGUAGUGAAAAAUUAUACCGGAGCAAGAAAUUUCAAGAAAUUAUCAACUCGUAGAGUGGUUACUACAUUCAGAUUUCUUUAUGAUACAUCCAAGUUUGAAGCAAUUUGAGAAGACAAAUUUUAUAAGAAUGAACCAGUAACCAUCGAGGAGGUUUGGUAAGGUUAAUCAGUUUGAAAUAUGACGUCAAAUAUGCGACAGACGCAGUGAAAUUUUGAUUAGCAUUGUGAAGAAACAGUUUCAACCUGUAUUGCUGUAAAUUUCUUUUUUUCGAGGAUUACAAAAAUUUGACUUUAAAAUGAACACAGCUACGAAUAGCAUUGGCGAUCCAUUCAAUGGCUUAUCAUGAUGCUACUAUGCACUUCCCAAAAAGGGAUUGUGGCUGACUUUGGCUUUUAAAGGAAAAGAGAUACUUUUUGUUCAGGAUAUCAUUUAAAAAUUUAGAAUAAUGAUGAAGGCAUUUACCAAAUUCUUCUGUUUUCCUCGGAGGCAUUUUAAACGGGUUGUUAUGUUACUCGUUGUUUCAUUCUUCGCUCUGUGGUUGUCGGGAUACUACCAGACUUCUAAGACCAAAGUAGACGGCAGUUAUCAUAGCAAAUACUCAAAUUUGAGGUUAAAGACGAUUGGUGAAAGGUUUACCGAUGACACCAAGAGAUCGAAAUUUAAGGAAAGACUCAAGAAAAAAGUUGAUUCAAUGGUGUUAGUGCUAGCAGAGGAUUCGCAAUCAAAGAAUUCCCUGUCAUCAAUAGUAUGCGUUACCCUAGAAGCCAAACAUUUUAAGUACCGCAAACGUUUGUUGAGCGAGGGUAGUUUACCGUCGCUUACGCAACACGGCCAGGGUUUGUAUUCAGUGAUCAUCUUUGAGAGCUUGAAUUCAUAUAUUUAUUUAGAUACAAACGAUCGGACAAUGCUUGAUGAUUAUUGCCGUGAAUUUAAUGUCGGGAUUUUUGCGUUUGCCGUAUCUUCCAAGAAUGAAAUUACACUAAGCUCGCCGGUUGGAAAUCUACCAAUUCAUAUGGACAAACAGUUAUCGUUACGAGACUUGGAAGUGAAUCCAAAAUCUCAAGUUUUGCGGAUAACAAAGGCGGGGGGUAAAAUUAACACAGAGGCUGACAACUGGACAGUGUUUCAUGGAAACCAUUCGACCUACCAACCAAUUGUUACAGGACAGAUAAAGAGUGACAGUGUGCAGCAAAUUUCCCACGGUAUGCAUUCAAAUGCCGUCUUCCACACAACUGCAGUGCUUGAUCAGGGCUCAUACGAUGGUGUGAAAAGGAUAUUUUUUGGGCAUAAUUUUCAAAUAUGGAUACAUUAUCCAUUGUUUUUUGACAGCUUGCACUAUCUGUCUAACGGCCGUAUUACGUGUACACUGGAACGAUACAUUAUGGUUGAUAUUGAUGAUAUAUUUGUGGGUUCUGCUGGUGUCAGAAUGGUUCCGGAUGAUGUGGAGGCGCUAGAAAUUGAGCAGGAGAACCUCCGUCGCAUCAUACCUGGCUUCACCUUUAACCUCGGAUUUUCGGGCACAUACUUCAAAAAAGGCAACAAAAAUGAGAAUGAGGGUGAUGUCGAGAUCCUCCGCCGCGCUGACAAAUUCUGGUGGUUUCCGCACAUGUACAACCACAUGAGACCGACAGUUUAUACUGACGAGGCUGAUCUUCGCAAGUACAUGCAACUGAAUAAACAAUUUGCUGAGGAUCAUAAUAUUCCACUGAAUAACAACUAUGCAGUGGCACCCCAUCAUGCCGGUGUGUACCCAGUGCACAACCCUCUAUAUGAGAUCUGGAAGAAAGUUUGGGAUAUUCAGGUAACGAGUACCGAGGAAUAUCCUCACCUGUACCCAGCAAGGAGGCGCAAGGGAUUCAUUCAUAAGAAUAUCAAGGUUCUACCAAGGCAAACUUGUGGUCUGUUCACACACACAGUAUUUCUAGACAAGUACCCUGGAGGCAGGGCCAAGUUAGACACCAGUAUCCAUGGAGGAGAACUCUUCCGGACAUUCAUAGACAAUCAGGUGAAUAUUUACAUGACGCAUUUGUCGAAUUACGGUAACGAUCGGAUUGCGCUGUACACUUUCGAUAAUGUCAUCAAUUUUGUCCACAAAUGGACCAAUCUGAAACUGCACGCUCUGCCGCCAAAACAACUUGCAGACAAGUACUUUGAUUUAUUUUCAGACCAGAAGGAACCGCUAUGGACAAAUCCCUGUGACGACAAACGGCAUCUAGAUAUUUGGGCGGAAAAUAAAUCAUGCAAAAACUUGCCGGACUUCCUUAUCAUUGGACCUCAGAAAACAGGGACCACUGCUCUUUAUACAUUUUUAAGUAUGCAUCCAGCCAUAUGCAGUAACAUAGCGAGCACAAGAACUUAUGAAGAGGUGCAGUUCUUCAGUGGCACCAAUUAUUUCAGAGGCAUUGACUGGUACCUGGAAUUUUUCCCUGGAAAUCGCUCAAACGUAAUAUUUGAAAAGAGUGCGACUUAUUUUGACAAUCCAAAUGUGCCACGCCGAGCGCAUGCUCUGCUUCCCAAAGCCAAGCUGAUAACGAUACUGAUCAGCCCUUCCAAGAGGGCUUACUCCUGGUACCAACAUAUGCGGUCUCACAACGAUCCAGUAGCCUUGAACUACACAUUCUAUGAGAUAGUGAGUGCAGACAAGUCCUCACUGUCAGCCAUCCAUGACUUGCGCAGACGGUGCUUAGAGCCAGGAAAGUAUGCUAAGCAUCUUGAUCGCUGGAUGUCCCACUACACUUCAAAUCAGUUACUAAUCUUAGAUGGAGAGUUGUUGAAAGAAAAUCCUGCAGGAACGAUGUCCAAAGUGCAACAUUUUCUGCACAUCAAGAAACAGUAUGAUUACUUCACACACCUAAAGUAUGACAACAAAAAAGGAUUCUACUGCCAGUUACUGAACAGCGGGCGGACCAAAUGCCUUGGAAACAGCAAGGGACGGGUGUACCCCCAAAUGGAUCGUGAAUCCCAGAGCUAUUUAUCGCAGUAUUAUCUAUCACACAACAAGGAUUUAAAAGCCUUGCUUAUGAAGUUAGGCUACAGGAUUCCACAUUGGCUGAAAGAGGAACUAGAGUUAGCAGAAUAUGCAUAAAUUUAUGAAUCUAUUUUAACAACUCCUCCAAAAAAUUUAUAAUAAAAACACUGUGAAUAUAAAAUGUGUACAAAUUUGCGGGGAAAAGGAUGCAAGUUGAAUUUUAGAUUAGAUUAGUAAUGACCUAAUUAAAUUUCAAAUUGAUAUGCAGGGAAUUUAUCUAUAUAUCUUCUUUUGAUAGAAGUGAUAGUAUUAUUAUCAAUCACUGAGUUAAAUCUUCUGAUUGAAUUUUCAAUUGUUUUUUUCUUCAUUUUCAUCUAAAGAAUUGAGCUAUAUUUCAGCCUGGUCUUGUCUACAAAGUUGUCUACUUUGUUAAUAAUCACUGUCAGGAACCAUUACAAUGGAUGGAUAGGUUGGAUGUUGAAGUAUAAUAACAAUGAAAUACAGAAAAUAUACUCUUUUUGCUGCCCUCUAUGACCAUACUCAGCAACUAGUC